GCCCUUUCUUCUACUUGCUAUCAUCACCACAGAACCAGUUCAUCAUCUGUCUCAUGCACAGUUCUACACACACUGACAGUUCUGCUCAAUUGUCCCCUUUUAGACCUUUUCUGUGAGGAGCCCAAGUUAGUUACUUGUUGAUUCUUCAGUUUUAUCACAUGGGACUGUUCUUUUGUUGAUUGCAUUUCAAUUUCAGCUGUUACACACACACACACAAACUGAAAAAUAGCUGGAAUUAAGCUUUUGGAGCUGUUGUUUUAAGAGCUGAUGAAGUCAAGUUCUUGAUUGUGUUGUGUGAAUAUUUGCAUUUCCUGAGGAUUUACUGUGAGAAAGUUCUUGUCUUUGCACUUUUUGUGUCUUUCUUGGCUUGAUUUGGGACUCUGUGAACUGAAAAAAGUGCAGAAAUUCAGUGAGAAUUUAUCGUCUUUAUCGGAAUUCUUGCUGUGAAAAUCUUGAAGAACAGUAGUAGAAAUGCUGCACACAAAAUCAGAAUCUGAUAUAACCAGUUUAGCCCCAUCGUCGCCCUCAAGGUCUCCGAAGAGGCCUGUAUAUUAUGUACAGAGCCCUUCAAGGGAUUCUCAUGAUGGCGACAAGUCCUCUUCCAUGCAUGCAACUCCCAAUUUCAACAGCCCAAUGGAGUCCCCUUCGCACCCCUCGUUCGGCCGCCACUCCCGGAAUUCCUCCGCCAGCCGAUUCUCCGGCAUAUUCCGGUCAUCCUCAGGGCGAAAGGGUGGCCGGAAGAGAAAUGAUAAAGGGUGGCCUGAGUGCAAUGUGAUUGUAGAAGAGGGGAAUUAUGAUGAGUUUGAUGAUGAUAAGGCGUUUACGCGGCGGUGCCAGGCUUUGAUGGCGCUUUGUGGGUUUAUCGUGCUGUUUACGGUGUUUUGCUUGAUCAUAUGGGGUGCUGGCAGGCCUUACAAGGCAGAAGUUGCUGUUAAGAGCUUGACGGUCAACAACCUUUACUUAGGUUCGGGCGCAGACUUCACUGGUGUUCCAACGAAGAUGUUGAACGUGAAUGGAUCUUUGAGGAUUAGUGUGUACAAUCCCGCUACAUUCUAUGGUAUUCAUGUUAGUGCGACGCCUGUCAAUCUCAUCUAUUCGGAUGUUGUUGUCGCAACGGGACAGCUGAAGAAAUAUUACCAACAUCGUAAAAGUCGCAAGAAUGUGUUAGUUCACAUAGAAGGAACCAAAGUUCCCUUAUAUGGGGCUGGAUCAAACCUAGUCGUUUCCAGCAACAAUGCUGUUCAGGUUCCAUUGACGUUGGAGUUUGAAAUCCGAUCCAGAGGAGAUGUGGUGGGGAAACUGGUUAGAACAAAGCAUCAUAGAAGAGUUUCCUGCUCGUUGGUCAUCGACUCGACCAGCAACAAGCCCAUCAAAUUUAAGAAGGAUUCUUGCACUUACAGCUGAAAUUAGUACUACAUGGUGAGGUGAACAUGUAGUUCUUGAUUUCUCUGAACCAUAUUGUGAAACUACUUGUCCAAAGCUGCAGUUUCUGUAAGAAUUAUCUUCCCGAGAGAUGGGAGUUUUUCCAGUUUGAGAGAUGUGGUAAUAAAGCGGUGAGUUUGUAAAGAAUUUGUGAAGAUCCUGUUGUAAUUUAUGUGAGAUGCGUAUCAGUGUUGGACAACUUUGAACAAUAAUUUUCUCUUUGGUACAUCAUUAUACCUUUUCAAUGUAAUAAUUUUGGUAAUUUUGUCUUAA